AUGGACCAGCUGGCCCUGACGGCCAAUGGUAAAGUUGACCGACGAGCUCUACCUCCACCCACAUUUACGCCAGCCCACGAUGAGGCCAUUCUUGCGAUUGCAAAAGCAGAGCACACCAUGGCAAAUCGCAUUUGCAGUUUUGUUUGCACAGCAACGAUACUAUCGCAAUUCAGACAAGGGGGUGUCCGCGUUAAGGUGCCGGGGCGCACAGAUUGCUCGGGUCAGCUUGAGGCCAGCGAAGGCGAUAUGUGGGACCGAGAAGAGGCCGCGCUGCAGUCGGCCUUCGCCGCGGUCCUGGGCAGAAAGGCAUCCGAGGCCAGAGCAGGGUGCGGCGUGCCUGUUGCGGCAUCCUUCUUCGCGCUGGGUGGGCACUCCCUCUCCGUGGGACAGCUUGUCAACAGGAUCCGCCGAGAGCUAAGGCUCAACGCUGCCAUUGCGGAUGUCUACAGCGCGCCGAGCGUUCAGCAGCUUGCCGUCCGACUGCUUCCUGCACACACUGCCUCCACCAGAGAUGUGACGGACGCGGGCACACCACCUGCGCCACCUGCGCCAUCUGGCCAGAGCCGCUAUCCUGCCUCCUUCCAGCAGCUGUCGCUCCAACGAAUGUCCAGUGUGAGCACAGCGGCCUCGGCGGCCCUGAACUUGGCAUUUUGCUGCCAUGCCCGAGCCUCAGUGCGGGGAUCACUGGAUGUCUCGGUGCUGCAGGAGGCCUUCCGCGCGCUGUGCGCUCGCCACGACGCCCUCCGCAGCGUCUUCGCUCCUUCGGAGCCUCUUUCAGAGUCCACUGCAGAGUGCACUGCAGAGAAGGAGGCUCAAAACGAAGAGCCGGGUCCGGAGGCUCAGUCUCAGGCAGUUUCUGUCCGUCUCAUUUCGGCGGAGGAUUGCCUGGACUUCCGUCACAUUCCUCACAUCGAAAGCUCGGAGUUUGAGUUGGAUUGGCUCUUGGAUGAGCAGUACAAGGUCUUCGAUCUGGAGGCUGGGCCUCUUUGCAGGGUCCGCAUCUUGCAGGAGAAAGCGGAGGCAGACGCGUGGAUUCUUCACUGGACGCUCCAUCACGUGAGCGCGGACUUGUGGAGCUACACCGUCCUCUUGAAGGACUUGGAAUGGGCCUACGAGUCCUACAAGCUGUCCGGUGCGGUCACUUGGCCGAGCCCGGCCCCACAGUACAGGGACUACGCACUGCAGGAGGCGCAGUGGCUGCGCUCCGAGGAAGGGGAGAGGGGCCGAAGCUACUGGCAACAGAAGCUCCAACGGCCCCCGCCAGUGCUGGAUCUGCCUGGAGCGAUGCCAAGUGGGCCAAGUGAGCGAAAGGCGACCUUCAAGGGUAGCAAACUGGAUUUCGAAGUGUCCGCAGAGCUCUCGGAAGCCCUUCGCGGCCUUGGACAACGUUGCCAAGCCUCACUACACUCUACGCUCCUGACUGCAUGGAUGGUGCUCCUGAGCCGAUAUGGCCAGGAGGAGGACAUCUGCGUUGGUACCCCCAUGGCCUGCCGCACCACUGCGGAGUCUGAAGCGACCGCGGGCUACUUUGCGAACCCUCUUUGCAUCCGCGCCACCGUGACGGGCAGUUAUGAGAAGCUGCUGAGAGAUGUGGCCAAGGACGUGGCAGAGGCCCUGCAGCAUCAGCGGGUGCCGCUCAGCUUUGUUUGCGACGACUUGGGUUUGGAUCUGCGCGGGCUGCUCCAGCCUCUUUUUGUGUUCCAGACUUGCCCGGACGAGCAGUAUCAAUCCUGCUUGCCGUCUUUCUUCAUGGGCCACGAGGGGUCUGAGAUGUCGUUGGGGUCCUUGCGCUUAGAGUCCAUGGGGCUCGGACUGCGCUUUGCCCAAUUCGACUUGGCGCUUGUGCUGGCGACGGCCAUGGAUGGCCACAUCAUCGGCAGCUUCCAGUACAGUACCGCAUCGUACACGCGCGAGGCGACCCUCCGCCUGCAGGUCCAGUACUUGAAAAUUCUGCAAGCCAUGACGAAGGAUCCUUUGAAGGAUGUUGGCCAACUUCCACUCUUUGCGGAAGAGGAUCUGGCAGAGCUACGACGCCGCGUGACGAGCCCGUGGCUUCAGGACCUCCCCAACGAGUCCCUGCCGAGACUCGUGGAGUCACGCGCCGAAGAGAACCCCAGCGCCUUCGCGGUGGUGAGCCCACAGGGGACCUACACCUUCGGCGAGGUGCUCCGGCGCGCGCAGCUCCUGGCCAUGGCCCUGCUCGAGGCACCGACGGGACCCUCAAGGCACGGCUCCAGGCACGGCAGCUUCCAGGCCUGGCCAAACCGAAGUGGUAGCCAAGAGCUCAAGGCCCCCCUGGUGGACCUGGUGGAGUCGGAGUCUGACGACGUGGAAUCCCCCAACUUGCUGGUUGGGCUCAUGGUGAGUCCCGGGCCUUGGAUGGUCUCGGGCCCCUUGGGCGCCUGGAUUGCGGGACGGGGCUACUUUGCCCUGGACUCCUCGCAUCCAACAGAGCGCAUACAGCAGAUGGUCCAGGAUGCCCGGGCCCCAGUGGCACAGCCGCAGUGCCUCGUUUGUGAGCGGCGGGUGCAGUCCGUCGCCAACUCCUUGGGCUGGCCAACCCUCGUGGUGGAGGAGUUGCAAAGCAGGCGCCCAGCAUCACCUUGGCCUUAUCUUGAGGGGGAGGCACAUGCAGUCCUUGUCUUCACAAGUGGCUCUACUGGACGCCCGAAAGGCGUUCUGCUUUCGAUGCGGGCGGUGCUGACGCACAUCUUGUUCAGCAGCCGACACUUCGGCUUCAAACCUGGGCAGGCAGCGCUGCAGCACACGUCAUGGACAUUCGAUGCGCCCAUAUGUGAAAUUUGGCCGGCGUUGCUGUCUGGGGCAACAGUUGUUAUCAGCAAGCGGGACGGCUCGAAGGAUUUUCAGUACCUCGCCUCGUUGAUUGACGAACAGCGGGUCAGCCACGCUCUCUUCGUGCCCUCCUUGCUUGCCGAGAUCCUGGAGCACCAAGCCCUACCUCGGAGUCUGCGGUCCUUGGUUGUGGUGGGUGAGGCCUGCUCCCUCAGCCUAGCCAGGCGCAUUUUGGAGGCCCCGCUGUCCUUGAACAACUUCUAUGGGCCCUCUGAAGCAGGCAUUGGCGCCACCAUUUACGAGGUAGACAAGAUCGGUGCUGUCCCUCGACAUGUGCAGAGCCUGCCCAUCGGGCGACCCGUCACCUGGCACGAGGUGAUCUUGCUGGACCCACAGCUGCGCCCUGCCCUGGGCGACGCGGGGCAGAUCGGCAUCCUGGGCGAGGGCCUCGCCAGCGGAUACCUCCACUUGCCACACGAGACGAAGACGCGGUUCAUCAAGACCCCAGAGGCUAUCCGCGAGGUUCUCCCUCACUGUGGUCCCACGACCUACUUGACGGGGGAUGUGGGCCGCUACUGCCAGGAUGGUAUUCUCGAGUUUGUGGGCCGGCUGGACAGUCAGGUGAAGCUGCGCGGUCAGCGGGUGGAACUUGGGGAGAUCGAGGCGGCGCUCCUCUCGGCGCCUGCCGUGACAGAGGCGGUUGCCCUUGUGCACGCGGACCGGCUCAUCGGAUACUUCUCCACCUUGCAGGGUGUGGAGGAGGGCGAAGCCGUCUCGCAGUGCGUGGACAAAACGCGGCAGCGGCUGCCCAGGUACAUGUGGCCGGAGCUCGUCCACAUCAAGGAGUGGCCAAGAGGUCGCACGGGCAAGGUCGAUCGGAAAGCCUUGCCAGUGCCGACGAUUUGUGUGCAGGACACCGUGGCCCCAAGGUCGUCCUUAGAGAAGAAGAUCCUGGACAUCUUCUGCCAGGUGUUAAGGCGAGAUCCCGCACUGACAUCCGUCCACUCGGACUUCUUCACGCUAGGGGGCACAUCCCUCAAAGCUGCAGCGCUGCUGUCAGCUCUGAGGGCUCAGGUGCCAGAGGCCCUUGCGCUGCAGUUCGAUGAGCUCUACGCCCACCCGGACGUGGCCGGCCUCGCCCAGGUGCUGUCUGGCAGCCGCCAGGUGCUGGUCCUGGGUUGUGCUCCUGUGGAGGGGCUGCUGCCAGCCUCCUUGGGACAAGAGCACAUGCUCGUCCUCCAGGAGCUCCACGAGGGCAGCUCGGCCUACAACUCCCCGCUGAUUCUGAAGUUGGAGGGGAGCUUGAAUAGAUCCGCGCUGUCUGCCGCUCUGGACCGCGUCAUCGCCAGGCACGAUGUGCUACGGAGCAACCUUCUGCGAGACAGCAUCGAUGGUGAGCCUGCCGUGGUCCAGGUCACGACUCCGGCAGCCGAGUUUUCGUGUGACAUGGAGUUCUGGGAUAUCCCGGAUGACACGGCACAGCGACCGCAGCGACGCCGGCUGGGCAGCGGGCAGCGCGUGGUAGAUGACGGAGGAGGAGCCGAGGGUGUGCAGCGAAUGACCUCGUUCCAGCGCAUGGGCUCAUGGUUGGGCAUCAGUGGUGAGUUCCGUUCGGGUCCCGGAGGCACCGGCAACGUGGAGAGGGCGGCGAGUUGGCGGGGCCUCUUCGAGCGUGGCAGGCCACGGCGUCCCAGCUGGUCGCCAGUCUUGUACCAGGGCUACAACUCUCCUCCGUUGCGAUCGCCCAACGAAGAUCGGGAAGACAGGAUGCCCCUUACAGAAAUGUGCAGCACCAGCAGCCUGAGUCUUGGUGAUUUCAGCCGAGCGCAGCAAUGGUCACCCGGGUGUAGCGAGCUGGUGCUAUCCUGGUUGGUGGAGGAGGCCAAGAAGCCCUUUGACCUCCGGGACGAGCCCUUGCUCCGCGUCGUUCUGGCCAAGGCGAGCCCAGAUUGCCACUUCCUGCUGAUCAACAUGCAUCAUGCUGUCACGGACGGACGAUCGCUGUCGAUUCUCAGGCAAGAGCUGACCGCCUUCUACAACCAGGCUGUGCUGAAGCUGGAGGCUCCCAAGCUGCCGGCCUUGUCGAUGCAAUACGCCGACUUUGCAUACUGUCAAAGACAAUGGAUGGCCCAGGGUCGUCUUGAGAGGGAGCUGGCCUUCUGGCGAUCCCAACUUCAGCAGCUACCGGCUCUUCAGCUCCUCACGGACUUCUCCCGGCCUCCACACCUGGCGCUGGAUGGGGGCCAGGUCGCGUUUCAGUUGCAGCCGGCGCUUGCAAACCGGCUUCGCAGCCUGGCGCGGGCCAAGAGCGUCACGCUCUUCACGCUCCUCCUGGGCCUCUUCAGCAUGGCGCUGGGCCGCUGGGCUGCGGCACAGGACCUCGCCGUCGCGUCGCCCGUGGGCCAUCGCCAGGGGAACGCUGUGGAGCCGCUGAUUGGGUACUUUGUGAACACCGUGCUCUUCCGCGUGAACCUGAAGCCUCCAUGCACAUUCGAGGACCUUCUGCAAAGACUCCGUGACACAGUGGUCGGUUCUUUCAAGAACUCUUCAGCUCCUUAUGCAAAGGUGCUGGAGGCAGCUGAACUUGAUCCUGCUGCUGUACCAGCAAUGUUUGUGCUCCAGGACAGGGACGAGACAGUAUGGAGCAUGGAGGGCCUGCGGGUUGAGAAGAUGGACAUCAAGAGGACAGCGGCCCUCUUCGAUGUCACUUGUGAGAUGCAGGAGAUGCCUGGAUCAGCUGGAGGACUCCAGGGGCUCCUGGUCUACAACAAGCAUCUCUGGACAGAAGCGCGUGCCGUGCGCUUUGCCGAAAGCCUGCAGACGAUGGCCUUGGCUGUGGCAGAACAGCCCGGGGUGGACCUGCUCCAUCUUGCAGUCGUCUCCAACAAUGACCGGGCCAGGGUCCUGGAGUGGGGCGGCCACAACCGGCCGCUGCCGUCGCCCGCUCCCCUCGUCAAGGCUUUCAAGGUGCAGCUCCUCCAGUGCCCGCAGGACGUCGCCAUCCUCUCCGGUGACCAGGAAGUGACUUAUAGCGAGUUCGGUGGCCGGGUGGCUGCCUUGGCCUCGGCGUUGCGGUCGGAGCUGCAUUCGGAGGACCCUUCCGAGGAGCUUCUCGUGGCUUUGGUGCUGCCCCGGUCAGUGGACUUGGCAGUGGCAAUCUGGGCAACCCUCAGCAUUGCAGCCGCGUAUGUGCCCAUCGAUCCGGAGUAUCCGGUGGAGCGCAUCGCCCACAUCUUGUCGAACGCCGGGCCGCGCCUGGUCCUAGUUCAAGAGAAGCACGCGCACCUUGCAGGUAGCUUACGUGUCUUCGGGACCUGGCAGUGGCCGAAGACGCCGGCAGGGAACACACAGGAUGGGGUGGAGCUGCUUCAGCAGGCGCCGUCACACCACCUGGCCUAUGUGAUCUACACUUCUGGCUCCACGGGUAGACCCAAGGGAGUUGCAAUCGAGCACCGUUCGGCUGCGAACAUGGUGCAGGAACAGCUGUCGCUCAUGCGCAUUGUCCGGAACGAUCGCGUCCUCCAGUUCUUCAAGCCUGCUUUUGACGGAGCUGUGCAGGAGUACUUGAGCACCUUUCUGGCUGGCGCCGCGCUGGUACUCUGGGGUGAGGGGAGUGAGGAGACCUUUGCGGAUGCCUUGUUGCAGCACCGCUGCACGGCCUGCACCCUGACGCCGUCCGCACUGGCGGUCCUGGACCCCAAGAGGCUGCCACUUCUGUCGAAGCUGGCGGUGGCUGCCGAGGCUUGCCCGCCGAGCUUGGUGGAACUUUGGGCAGAGCGGCCCAAGCGUCGCCUCCUGAACGCAUAUGGCCCCUCGGAGAACACGGUCGUGGCAACCUUUGCCGAGCUGAGCUCCGACAGCAAUGAGAGCUCCAAUGACUUCGUCUUCGGUUCCUUCGACAGUCCGACGGGAACGUCAGGGCCCUCACGGCAGCAGCAAGUGCCCAUCGGAAGCCCCCUCCCCGGGGUCCAGUGCUACGUUUUCGAAGCAGCGUCUGCGAAGUCACUUCAGGCAAUCGGCACUCCGGGCGAACUUUGCCUCGGCGGCGUCCAGUUGGCUCGCGGCUAUUUCGGAGAUGCGGCCAAGACAACAGAGAAGUUUGUGGCCAACCCUCUCUUCGGCCAAAAGAUGCAACGGAUGUACAAGACAGGUGAUGUGGUGACGUGGCUUCCGCAGGGACAGCUCCUCUACUUGGGCCGGAACGAUGAGAUGGUAAAGGUCCGAGGAUUCCGUAUUGAACUGACCGAGGUGGAGGCGGCCUUGGCAGCACUGGGCGCGCAGGCUGUGGCCGUGGCCGUCAAUCCGGCCAAGGAUGGUCUUUGGGCGUGGGUCACGCCCGAGAGCCUGUCCCCAACAACGUUGCGUUCUGAGCUGGCGAAGACCCUGCCGCAGUACAUGGUUCCGACCAGGAUUACAGCCCUGGAGAAGUUCCCCUUGAACCCAAAUGGCAAGAUCGACAAAUCGCGGCUGCUCACCGACAACAGCUCCGAGGUGUGCACGGAAGGCCCCGUCGUGGAGCCUCAGUCGCCGCUGGAGCAUCGCCUCUGCGCCACAGCGGCCGCGGUGCUUGGACUGGAGAGCUUGGGGGUCACGGCAGACUUGCGCAGCGCGGGCAUGACUUCACUGAAGGCAGUGCUGCUGUCACAACAGCUGCGGGACAUAGGUCUCACAGUACCACUCUCCAAGUUGUACGAGCUGCAAACUGUGAGGGCUCUGGCACAGCACCUGGCCAUGCAGGAGGAAGCAGUCCUCGGUGUGAGUGAGGAUGUGGAGCCUGGCCGGAGUGGUCAAAGGUGCGACCUUUGCCUCAGUGCUCAGAGAAGCUGCACAGGGCUCCUCCGUUCGGUUGCUAUGUUUUGCUGGCGGCUUGGUGUGUGGGUUUGGAUCAGCGGUGUGGUCAUUUGGCCUGCCAUGCUGCCCCUGAAACUCUCGAGCAAUCUGGCGCGAGGACCAGGAGCAGCUUGGGCGCUCUGCUUUCUGGUGCUUGUUGGAUACCCGCUCUAUCUCCUGCUGAUGGUCCUCCUGGUGAUCUGCACAAAGUGGCUGCUCAUUGGCAAGUACCGAGCAGGAACGAUUCCGGUGAACUCCUGGGCCUUCUUGAGGUCGUGGGCGGUGGACCGGCUGUUGGUGUUUGUGAACGAGCUCUGCCUCGGAGCCUUUCGAGGGGGUCCGGUGUACUUCGCGUACCUGCGCGCGCUUGGUUUGAAGGCCACCGGCUACUGCCGCAUUGACACGCGCUACGUCUCAGAGUUCGACCUGAUCGCCUUGGGGCGCUGCUGCGUUGUGGCCGAGGGCGCCAAGCUACGCCCUGCUGCUGCCGAGGCUGGGGAGCUGCAGCUGCGGCCGCUGGCUUUCGGCGACCACUGCGCUGUGGGAGAGAACGCCGUUUGCACUGCUGGCUGCGCAGCUGGCGACAAUGUGACCCUACAGCCUUUGUCCAUGUUGUCCGGCCGUACCGGUCGCACGUUGCCCGACGGCUCGGUGUGGAAGGGCGCUUUGUUGGUGCAGUCGAGGCAGCAGCCCAUUCGCGUGCCCGUAGGGUUCCUUUGUCAUGAUCUUCUCGGGGACGUCUUUGCUUUGCUCCUCACCCUCUUCCUGCAGACGGGCUGCAGCUUGGGCGCCUACUGCGUAUUUGGCCUGCUAGCGGAGGCCCAAGGCUUCGGCAUCAGCGACCCUUGGCGCUGGCAGGCCGAGCCGGAAGGCUUCCUCUUUGCAGCGACGUGGCUGCUGUUCGGUCCGCCAGUAAUGGCCUCUGCCGAUGUGCUCCUCGAUAUUGACCUGGCCGGACUGGCAGACCAGGUGAUGGCAUCGAUGGGCCUCAGCCAGUGGGAGUUCGGUUUCCGCCUGGCAGGUAUGGUGGUUGUGAGUUUCGCAGUGUACGGAUGGUCGCUGACCCUGAGCUCAGCCUGUCUUUGCAGGUACAUCCGUGGAUCCCGGAACUUGAACUCUUGGUUCUUCCAGGUGCGGCGUGUGGUGCUCAGGCUGACUUUCCCCCGAUACCCGGCGCAACUGGCGGGCACGUGGGCCUUGUCCCUCUAUUUACGACUUCUCGGUGGACAUGUUUCGCUACAUGCGACGGUGGCGGUGUCAGAACCACCGCUCGAGCCGAGGAAGCUACAUGUCGCAGAGGGGGCCCUGCUGCUCACCCACCAAGCUCUUGGGGAGUGCGAGGUUGGCAAAGGCUCCAUCGUUGGCGCCGGGGCGGUGCUACUUCCCCAUUCACAGGUGGAGGCUGGCGCGGUGGUUGGGGCCAUGUCGGUCGCUGGCCGGCCUGUGCGAUCAGGCUUGCAACUGGUUGGCAAUCCUGGAGUCAUCAUGAGGAUGGCGACCCUGGGCCAGGAGCCGGUCGCUGGCUGGGCACGCCACUGGGUGCGGAGGUCUGUGAAGUUUGCAUAUCCGCUGCUGGCGCCGAUGUUCCUGCAAAUGCUGCUGUUGACCACUUUGCUGCCUGCUAUGUAUGUCCUCACCGUACUGCUCAACAUGCUCAUGAGAUCAGAGAAGGGUUCAGGACUGGUGCUGGCUGCUUCGCUGCCGGCGGCGUACGUUGCGCUGGGAUGGUGCUUGUGUCUGCUGGCUGUGCUGGUGCAGCGCUUGGUUUCCGCGUCUGUGAGCAGCCGGUCCUGGCGUGCGUUCGGGUCAGCGCGCCACUUCCUGACCACGUUUUCCGAGCAGCUGAGCGCAAUGUCCAUCGCGAUUUUCAUGGGCAUGGCUUUCGGGUCACCCGUAUACAACCUCUGGCUCAAGGCCAUGGGUGGCCAUGUGGCCUGCGAUGCACUCUUGCUGACUGCUGUAGUGGGCGACUACAACAUGCUCACAGUCGGCCAGGGGGCUUCCGUCGACAAGGAGGCCGUCCUGUCCGGCAGACGCCUGCUGCCGGGCCCACAGGGCACUGGGUUUUACACUUGUUCCGGUCGGGUGGUCAUCGGACCUGGCAGCAGCGUGUCACAUUCGGCUGCAGUGGUGGCAGGUGAGACAGGUGGCAGCUUCGACACGCCUUCCGGCGCAGACGCUGGCCGUCGGUCUGCCGCCUCAGGCAUUUCCAUGGUCCAAAGCGAGCUUGGUGAAGCCCAGCGCCAGACCUCUGCCCCGAGAGCUGCGACCGCCGAUCCUGCUGCCCAUCUUCGUCAGUCGGGCAAUCGGCCGCAUGAAGGUGGAGAAUUCGCACCAAUGGUCACUGGGUCCACCGGGUUCUUGGGAAGGAGCAUCGUGGCGGCCUUGCUGGAGACUCGGGCAUGCAGCCGGAUCUUUUGCCUGGUGCGGGCGGCGGACACAGCGGCCGCACGGCACCGCGUGCUGGAGGCAGCCCGGAAGGCGGGCGCCGCUGCCGCCGACCUUGACAUUCUCGAGGCCGUGCCAGGCGACCUCCAGCAGCGCAACUUCGGCCGGCCCUUUGCCGAGGUGCAGCGGCUGGCAGGCCGUGUGACGCACGUGCUCCAUGCAGCAGCGAAGGUGAACUUGACCGAGCCCUUCGAUCUCAUGAAGAAGGACAACGUGGAUGCCACAGCUCACCUUCUGGAAUUCUGUUGCAUUUCCAGACCCAAACCAUUUCAUCACAUCUCAACCAUGGGCAUUCUGACGCCAGAUAUGCUGGACCGGCAUGGCACGGUGCGGGAGAAUGCCGCGCUGGGUGACAUCCGUGCCCUACCGCUCUACGGCACUGGAGAUCAGGCCAAUGGCUACCCUCAGAGCAAAUGGCUGGCAGAGGUGAUGGUUCUGGAGGCUGCUCGACAAGGCCUACCAUGCUACAUCCACCGGCCUGGUCUCAUAGGUGGCAAUUCCAUGACCGGUGCGGCAGCGGAGGAUGUUUUCUUCCAUUUCUUGGCGGAUGUGCUGAAACUCCGGCGGCUGCCCGCAAUGGAGGGUCGCAAGUUCAACGUGACGCCGGUGGACUGGGUGGCCAAGGCCAAUGAAGAGUUCAUAUAA